AUGCCAAGCCUAAUCGCUCGCCUCGCAACCGCCGAGGCCAGCCUGGGCAUCCAGCUCGCGCUGCUCGUGCUGCACGCGCUGCUCUGGCACGUCAUCACGACGUGGGCGGCGAAGCGCAUCGCGCCGUGGUGCCAGGCGCAGCCCUGGAUCGAGCGCUUCCGCGCGCGCGCGGGCGCGACGCUGCGGCGGGGCUACGGCAUCCAAUUUAAAGACGAGGACGACAUGUUCGCGCUCGUGACGUUGGUGGCGGCGAUCCUGUGCGUGCACCUCACGGGCGGGCUGCUCUGCGUGCCCGCGUUACUGGCCAAGCGUCCUUCAUCAUUAGUUGUGGCGCUGGCGGCGCACGGUUCAUUGGUAGAGGCCGGCUGGGAGCUCUCGGACGUUUUUAUAAGGGUCACGGGCGUGCUUGGAAUGAGGGGCCCGCGGGGCCGCGCCGAGAACCCGCACGGCCUCGUGUUGUUGUUGCUGUGCCACCACGCCGUCGCCGUGACCAUGGUCGUGCCGAUGAACGCGAAUGCGAUGCUUCGAACGGAUCGCGACUACCACGAGCUGUCGUUUUUGUUGCAGGCGGCGGCGUUCGUCGCCGGCUUCUCCCAGCUUUAUGGGUUUACGCUCGACUGCGACACUGAGCAGGGUCUGCGGCGCAUGCGCCUGUCGGUGUUCUUUUCGUGGUUCUCGGCGGUGUGGUCGCGGGGCUACCGGUAUCUCAUCGUGGCGUGGCGUUUGUGGCGCCGCGUCUGCGCCACGCAGUCGACGACCAUGGCGCUCGGCGGCGCCGUAGGCCUCGCGGGCAUGACGCUCUUCAAUCUAGCCAUAAAUAUAGACACGACGCGGAAGCUCGUCAAGUUCAUCAACGUGCGGUCGAACGCCGGCGCCCAGGACGUCUUCGACGGGGCAAGUAAGAAAACAAGGUAGUUAACACAAUCGCUCCCGCGCGGCGGCCUCGAACUCGAGGGAUCGCAGGUGGAGCCGGCACGCGUGGAGGUCGCGCGUGAGGCGGCGAGCCUUUUCUGGAUCGGUGGCUUUUGCGAGGGCCUUUACCAGGUCCGCCUCCCGCCGGGCGACGGCGGCGCGGCGCCCGUCGAUUGUCGUCUCUGGUUUGCGGUGCCGCGAGCCCUUCACGAGCGCGCGGACGCCGGCGGCGACCUCUUCGAGGCCGCGCCGCUGGAGCUGCAGCUCGCGAUCAAUGGCGGCAACGAGCGCCGCGCGGCCGGGCGACGACGGCGCGGUCGAUGACUCCUCGGUGGCACCGGCAAGCAAGCGCUGGAGCGCCGCGAGGUCGUCUCGUGGUGGCGUCCGCGCCGGCAGCGUCCGCGCCGCCGACGUCUGCAUCGCCGCGGCGGGCGAUCGGGGUGGUGUUCGCGAGCGGGGCGGCGUUCGCGGAGGUGAGCGCGGCGGCGUGCGCUGGGCCUCCUUUGCGAGUGCGUAUUCGCGAGCGGACUCG